UCGAAUCUCAAUAGAAAUUUAUUAAUAUUCUUUAAUUUUGAAAUAUCAUGUUUUAGAAAUUUUAUUUUAGAUAAUCAGUUGACAAACUUAUUUUUUGGCUAGUCAAAAAGUACAACGAUCACAUGAAUCAAGCCAAUAAAUACGCCUUAUCCACCUGCUCAAUCAUAACCAUCAAAAAACUUUCAAAAAUUAAAUCUCUUUAUUUUUAUGUAUUUGUGUUAAGCUUGGUAGAAAAAAAAGUUUAUGGCAGUAAGAAAAAAAAAGGCAAAGAAUACAAUGAGCAGGUUAUUAAUCCUCGCAUUUGCAUCACUAUGUUCAGCUAUUUCUGUUGAAAUUACAACACCAAGACCAUCAAUAGAAUGUUCAACGCAAAAUUGCAUUAUUUCCUUUGCAAACAUGGACGACCAAUCGUUUGAAGGGAUGAUCACGGAGGAGCAAAGUGGAAUCUUAGCCUUGAAAUUCUCAUCAUGCCAAAUCGAUCGAAUCCCAAACUCUACAUUCGACAAACUUCCAUCGUUGCUUUGCUUAAUGGUUACAUCACCAGGAUUAAGCAUUAUUGAGCACGGAUCAUUCUUGGAAGCAUCAAAUUUGCAGUUCCUGUAUCUACCUGGAAAUAGAAUAAAGAAAAUUCUUGGAAAGACUUUUGCCGGUGCCUCAAACUUAAAUGACAUCAACUUGAGUGACAAUGAGAUUGAAGUGAUCAGUGAUGAUGCUUUUGAUGGACUUGAGCAUCUUGAAAGUCUGAAUUUGAGCAGAAAUCAGAUUGCAUUUUUUACACAAGCCACGUUUUCGCCAAUGACUGAUCUUGUGAAUUUGGAUAUUUCUGGAAAUACAAUCGAGUUCCUUGAUGCUCGACUUUUUAUCAACAAUCAAAACCUGAAUGGAAUUAACAUGGCUGAUAAUCAAAUUAUGUCAAUUACGAAUGGAUUCUUGGACAUUCUUCCUCAUAUUAAGGUCCUAAACAUCAUGAACAAUCCAUGCACAAAUGACACAGAACUUGAGUCAGUUCCAUUAAUUAAAAUUGCUGACAGCAAAGACCAAAACAUUGAAGAUGAAGAUGCACUUGAUAAAUGUUACCAAAACUUCCUCGACAUGGCCGAUCCAGAGUCAACAGAUCUCAAUGAUUUGCUCAGUAAGGCUGAAAUUGUUCGUGAAGAUAUUGAGACUGACAUCAUUGCUGAUCUAACUGAACAGCUUCGUGAACGUGAUGUUACAAUUAAGGAACUUGAGAGACAAGAUGAUUUACUUAAAAUUGUCAUCCUGCUGUUUAUUUCUGUUCUUUUAUUCUUCGGAGUUCUUAAAAUCAUCGUUCAUGUUGUCAAUUCAACUUACCAAAGAGAUGUCCAUAGUAGGCUGAUUGAGAAGGAUGUUGAAGUCGUUAAAGUUGAUCCAAAACAAAUUAUUUAUACUAUUGAGGUAUAAAGGAACUGAAAUAAGUUGAGAUAGCUAGGAAUUUAGAAAUAUUGACUGAAUUGGAAGUUGUGGAAGAUGAAGUUACUGAGAUUUAGGCAAUUGGGUUGGUGAAAAAUUCAUAAAAUUGAAAAUAAUAAGGCUUUAUAGUAUUAAUUAAGAAUAAUCGAUGAUGAAAAUCCAAAAAAGUUUGUAGAUUAAUAAUAAUCAACUAUAAUCGAGGUGGGAAGUAAUUCUGUACAAUUUAGAUAAAAAAAUCAUCAAAGAUUGUAAGGAAGAUCACAAAAAUUGAUGAUAAUAUUAAAUAGCGAAGGACAUAGCACAUGUAAAAUAUUAAUUAUGAGCACCUAACAAUAUACAAAAUAAACUUUUUGAUUUCUUAUUAAUAAUCUUUUGAUCUCUACUCUUACCUUAUUUAAAUUUUAACUCUCUGUUCGUUUUAAACUAGAAUAAUAACUUAGUUUAAGGCAAAAAGUGGCUCUUAGG